AUGGAAAGAAUGUCACGGCAUACAGCACAGAAGGAAAAAAUAACAGAACUUCAGGCAAAAUAUGCAAAUCAAAUUGCGCAACUUGAAACUGAUGGUACAAUAAGAGAAAAUAAACGAAUUUUAAUACAUUUAUUAGAAAAAACUGAUGGACAAGUUGAUAUUGUUAAACAACGUUUAAAUGAAAGAAAAGAAAGAAGAAGAGAAGAUCGAGAUAAACAUCACAAUGAAGCACAAGGAACUGAUGAAACAGGAUCAACAUUGAGAAAACAACAGAAACUAAGUGUUGAUGAUAUUGAGAAUCUUAAACGAUUUCGUUCAGCUGGUGUAUAUGGAAAUCCAAUGAAAGUAUUAGCAACCUUUCAUGAAUGUAAUGAAUCAAUUGAAAUGACAGUUGCUCGAAUUCAACAAGAACGAGAACAACGUCACCAAUGUCGAGAUGAACGAAAAUUACAACGUAACAUAUUAGCUGAAGCUGAAAAUGGUUAUAUAAAAAUAAAUAACCGUGAUGAUUGGCCACGUGAUAUCGAGCAAGUUUAUUUAGAUGGAAAUAAUAUGAUGUUUGUUGUUGAUUCUCUUCGUCGUUUAUGUUUAAAUCGUUCUAGUAAAAAAACUGAACGUGCUUUAGGAGAAAUAGCUUCCGCAUGGAAUGAACAAAUGCAUAUACCAGAUGUUGAACUUAUCUUUGAUUCAACACAUCAAUUAGAUCAAAUUGGGACAGUUAAAAUUUCAAGUGCUCAACCAAAAUAUCGAACAACUGAUGAUAUGUUAGUUGAAAUCUCACGACAACCUGAAAAUCGUGAAAAAAAUAAACGUACAAUCAUUGUAACCUCUGAUCGAGGUUUAGCAGCACUUUUACAACAUGAAGGAUGUUUAGUUGUUAAGUCAUAUAAUUGGUUUGCACAUUGUGUUAUGACUUUGACACCUGAUUUAAUUAAUUAUCAAGAAUUAACAGACACUAUGACAAUACCAUCAACACUAACAACAAAGAACAUUCGUUAUAACUUCGAGGAACUCGUUUACCGUAUUGCUAAUAUUGAUAUAUAA